GGUGCCCUGGCAUUUCUGUGCUGUGGAGUAUGGUUUGUGAAGGGCGACUUCCUGAGUUAAUGUAAUGCAAGCUCCAUUAGAAAGCUUAUUCUCUUUAGACCUGCUUUCUUGCAUAUAAAAUAUGUAGACUGGAUUAAAUGACCUCGGGUAUGCUGGACUCUCGAAAAUGAUUCAUCAGUGUUACCACCCUCUGUUCCAUGAGUGGGUUCUGUUUCCAGCAGAGAACAACAAAUUAUUUCACCUUCAAACCACCGUAGACUAAACAACUUUCAACCGUGCUGCUAAAGUUAGGAGAUGGACAAUUUUUCUUUCCCUCUCUUUUGAAAAGAAUUGAAGAAGAAAUAAAAUGGCAGAGGUUUAAGGUUAAUAUUCAGGAUGAAUGAUGAUAAUUUAGGUGAUAAGACAGAAGAUGAAUUACAUUCCUUAUUUGUCAGUGAUAAAAAUGGAAACACGUAUGCAUACAACCAAAUAUCACCAUCUACACAAAACUCCUCAAUUAAUCGUGUGAAUUGGAGUUCUGCCAACCCGGAUGCCAUGGUAGUUGAUUAUGAAAUGGACCCUGCUUUAGAUAGUGAUGAAAGUAUAUCUUUUAGCCCUCAGUGUGUUGAAGUACUGGAUCAUCAAACAUCUUCAGGUGCUUUCAUUAGUCAGCAGAUGUUAGACAUGCAUAAAGAUCCCACAAGUCAGUCUUCUGCACUUGUAAAUACAGAGGAGCCUGAGUAUCUCCAUAGUAAUUGUCAUUCCCUAGAAGCAGUUGAGGACCAGAAGGUUGAGCCAUCUCUGACUUUUGUGUGGAAGUCUGACGAUGAUCUGAACUGUGUAGACUAUGCUGCCACCUCGGAGUUAAACCAGACAUUUGACCUGGAAGCAGAUCAAGUUAACUGCACCUUUAUAACACACCAUGUCUUUGAAAAGGGUCGAUCCUUGCCCACCCCUGGAGAUCUGCAACUAGCCAGUGUGAGAAGUGGAAAUACACCUCCUUCAUCCUGUUCCACCUGGGUAUUAUCCAAUUCUGAUAAGAUGCAUAUAAGAGAAAUUAGUGAAAAUAGAGAAAGCUUUGAAAACCCUCAAGCCACAGGGUCAGAGGCCCACAACACAACUUACACAGCACUUUCUGAUGAUGUGAUGAUGCAUACUGAUAUUGUUCCAGAUAUUGGAAACCAGUGUCCAUAUUCUUCAGGAAAGGUCGCCAGUGACUACACAGAUGGGUCACAUCAAAGACUAGUUGGAGAAAAAGAGAUACAAGCUCUAACACCAGUUUCUGAUGACAUGGAAGUCCCCAAUGGGUCUGUAUUACAAGAGCUCUAUUGUUUGUCUAAAGAUGAACCAAAUAGUGAAACACAUUCACCAAGCUCAUAUGGUCCAAGGGAAAUGGGCCAAAAUCUAAGAGAGACACUGUCUAAUUGUCUUAUUGAUGAUGAAUGCCCUUUACUGGUUCCAGCUUUUGAAAAAAGUAAAGCCAAAGUGUUGGUCUCAGAGCAUAAUAUCCCUGUGACUGAAGAUCUAAAAAUUGCUUCUAAUGAGAAGGAUUUGGAAACCCAAAAUAGUACUGUAGAAUUGAUACAACGUUGCUCACCAGGACAAAAGACAGUUUCAUUAUUUGAAGUGUCUUGGGAUGCAAAUGAAAUGAUUAUUAGCACAAAUAACACAGCUUGCAUGUCAACACCAAUUGUAGAACCCACAGAUGUAAGCUUUACUUUUUCACCGAUCCAAUCAACAGAGAGCUGUAAUAAAGUGGAGAAGAGUAAUCGAGAGCCUAAAAAUUUACCUACUUUAAAGGGAACACCGAUGAGCUUAUCUAAGCCUAGUCUGGGAAAAUCAGCAACUAAAACAAAUACCUCUGUAGGCAGCAAGUUUAGAAAAACUGAAAUUAUAAGUUACCCAAGACCAAACUUCAAGAAUGUCAAGGCAAAAGUUAUAUCUAGACCAGUGUUGCAGCCCAAAGACCCUGCUUUAUCUAAGGUCACACCCAAGCCUCAGUUGAACAGUGCAGCUGCCUCGCCCUCAGCAGUGUCUUCCUCAAGACAGUUGACAACUUUGAGCAAAACACCAAGAUCUGACGUGAACACAGACACAAAAGCAGAAAUCCUAAUUAACAAGACUCAUAAGCAACAGUUUAAUAAACUCAUUACUGGCCAGGCUGUGCAUGUUACAACUCAUUCUAAAAAUGCUUCACUCAGGGUUCCAAGAACAACAUCUGCCAUGAAAUCGAAUCAGAAAGAUGUUGACAAAACAAGUUCUCAUUCAGUAUGUGAUACUGGGUCUGUAGCUGCAUUUUUUCAGAAGAUCAAAGGCAUACUCCCUGUUAAAAUGGAAAGUACAGAACGUUUGGGAAUGACGUACGCUUCAAAAAUUGAUAGGACCCACGCAGAAAAGAAGGGUGAAAAAGAAAAGGAAAUACCUAUGGAAAAACAAGAGCUGAAAAAGGAAGUUAUGAAUGAGACCUUUGAGUAUGGUUCUCUGUUUUUGGAUUCUGCUUCAAAAGCUACUACCACCUCGGCUAGGAGUAUAUCCAAGCCUGACUCUUGCAGUUUGCGGAAAACACCAUGCCCAAAAGCCAAAGUGGGGCCUAUUUCUUCCUGUCUGAGGCGGAACAGCGACAGUAGAAAGCUCAGUUCUGAUCGAGCCUUAUCUCCUCAGAGAAUCAGGCGUUUAUCCAGCUCUGGAAAAGCUGCAUCCUUCAAAAGUGCACAGCCAUCUUGGAUGAAUUUGCCUAGACCACUUCCUAAGUCCAGUGCAUCUCUGAAAAGUUCAGCACUACGGAGAACAGGAAGCACCCCGUCCAUUGGCAGCACCCGCAGUGAUCUGAGUACCUGCAGCAAUAAUUCUGGUAAUUCUACUGCCAUCAAGUAUGAGGAGAAGCCCCCAAAACCAGCAUUUCAGAAUGGCUCAGGACCCUUAAGUUUGAAGACUUUGGUACCCAGAACUCACGUACACUUGCUAAAAACUCCUACAAAAGGUCCUUCAAGGAAAAAUCUGUUCACACCUUUUAAUGCAGUUGAAAAGGGCAGGCAAAAGAAUCCCAGGAGUCUAUGCAUCCAGACACAGACGUCUCCAGAUGUGCUGUCCUCUGAAAAAGCACUUGAACUGGCUCAGUAUAAAACGAAAUGUGAAAGCCAAAGUGGAUUUAUCCUGCAGCUCAAGCAGCUUCUUUCCCGCGGCAACAUCAAGCUGGAAGCAUUAACAGUUGUGAUCCAACACCUGCUGUCAGAGCGGGAGGAAGCCCUGAAACAACACAAAACCCUAUCUCAAGAACUUGUUAACCUCCGGGGAGAGCUAGUUGCUGCUUCAACCACCUGUGAGAAAUUAGAAAAAGCCAGGAAUGAGUUGCAAACAGCAUAUGAAGCAUUUGUCCAGAAGCUAAACCAGCAGCACCAGACUGAUCGAACAGAACUAGAAAAUCGGCUUAAGGAAUUUUACACUGGGGAAUGCGAAAAGCUUCAGAACAUUUACAUUGAAGAAGCAGAGAAGUAUAAAGCUCAGUUGCAAGAGCAGUUUGACAACUUAAAUGCUGCCCAUGAAACCUCUAAGUUGGAAAUUGAAGCUAGCCACUCGGAGAAAAUAGAAUUGUUAAAGCAAGCCUAUGAAACCUCCCUUUCAGAAAUCAAGAAAAGCCAUGAAAUGGAAAAGAAAUCACUUGAGAAUUUACUUUAUGAAAAGCAAGAAUCACUGGAGAAAAAAAUCAGUGAUCUGAAGAGUGAAAAUGAUGCUUUAAAUGAAAAACUGAAAUCAGAAGAACAGAAAAGAGUAUCAAGAGACAAAGCAAAUUUAAAAAACCCUCAGAUCAUGUAUCUGGAACAAGAACUAGAAAGCCUGAAAGCUGUGUUAGAGAUCAAGAAUGAGAAACUGCAUCAGCAGGAUGUCAAGUUGAUGAAAAUGGAAAAACUGGUGGACAACAACACAGCUCUGGUUGACAAACUGAAGCGAUCCCAGCAGGAGAAUGAGGAAUUAAAAGCUCGGAUGGACAAGCACAUGGCAAUUUCAAGGCAACUUUCCACCGAGCAGGCUGUGCUGCAGGAGUCGCUGGAAAAGGAGUCAAAAGUCAACAAGCGACUUUCCAUGGAGAACGAGGAGCUGCUGUGGAAGCUGCACAAUGGGGACCUGUGCAGCCCCAAGAGGUCCCCCACAUCCUCGGCCACCCCCUUGCAGUCACCCAGGAAUUCGGGCUCCUUCCCCAGCCCCAGCGUUUCACCCAGAUGACCCUGGCUGGAAGCUGAGAGACUCUGAGGGCAGGUGGAUGCGGGUCUGCGAGACCAUCAUGGGAGCAAGAGCUACAUUAGCUCAUGUGGAAUUUCUGCAG